AAAAAUUAAGGCCUUCGUCUGUGUCACCCCUGACUUGUUUCUCGUGAGAAGAGGAUUCUCCACACCUUCACGUGCAUUAUGGGUGUCCGUCACUUUUCCUUAUCUCCUUUACUGGAGGGGCUGGAUUUGGAUCUGAACACUCGUUAUCAGCUCGCGCAUCUCACUGCUGACAUCACUAUGCUACUCAAUGUUCUUCGCACCUCCUCUGGGCAUGCGGGGUUCCCCCCACCUCUCAGAUACAGAAUCCGCCCCGCGAAUGUGUGUAUUGACACCUCUACACAGACAGACCCUCUGCCUGACCCUUCCUCCAGCUACCAGACUGAUGAUGAUGUGGCCUUCUCCGACCUGGGCUCUGAUCACUCUCCCCCUUUCUCACCUGCCAGUCCUGAGUACUCUCCCCCUUUCUCACCUGCCAGUCCUGAGUACUCUCCACCGUACACCUCAGCUGGCUAUCCCACAUCCCCUGGGUGCACCCCAUUUUACCAUCCGUUUUCUCCUACCGCUCUCGGAUGACCUACCCACCAGCCCAGUGAAUUCUCAAUAAAGUCAGCCCUGUAAAUUCCCAAUAAAGUUACUUACUACUUAUCCUUGGUCUCCCUUGUGUUUAUUUCUUGUGUUUUUCAUAUACAUCACAUGAAGUCAAACUAUCAGCUACUCUGUCAGGCCCUGAUUAAACGGUUUGCAGACCCAGAGUCUGAACCUGGAUUGUUAACUACUCUAGAAAACAAACAGGGUUGGCAGGACACUCCCCAAGCCUACCACAACAGGCUCAGAUGAGCCUACUUUGCGGCACAUGACAAACCUGAAGUGGAAGAGGAUAUGAACUUCAAAACCCUCUUCCUAAAAAACCUACAUCCUGUAGUAAGACACCACCUAGGUGUCAUGGUCUGCCCUUGCAUGGUGAUGAUCCAACAGCUACGUGACCGAACACACAUGAUCUAUAACAAACAGAAGAUGGCCUCAAUAAAAGGUAACAAAACAUCUACAGUCUCAAACCUCAUUACCCAAGAUCCAAGCCUGGCACUGGAAGACAUCCGUUGUCAUGACAAUGCCAGAUUAUUCCAUAAACAAUGCAAAGAAUGUGACCCUCAUGCCAAUGACAAACCCGGAAUCACAU